AUGCAUACCGUUAACAGAGCAAAGAAGGUGAACAAGAAGGCUCAGAGGGGUAGCAGAAGCGGAGGCAAACAGGCUGUCCAGCGGGCAAUGAAAACAACCAUGACCUUAUCCAACCAAAUUCCCCAUUUCGUGCUGUCUGCGGAGUUGGACGUUGCGGAACUGGUCGAACUACGUAGCCGGACUGCGAAGGCAUUUAUGGAACAGCAUGGGCUGAAGCUUACCUAUAUGCCAUUCUUCGUCAAGGCUACUUCACUGGCGCUUCUGCAGUUUCCUAUGCUAAAUGCUCAUACUGGUGAAAAUUGCGAACACAUGGUUUACAAGUUUACAACUUUGUCCUUACAUUUCUGCAAAAAGGCAGCGCACAACGUCGGCAUUGCAAUCGAUACACCAGAGGGACUUUUGGUUCCCAGUAUCAAAUCGGUGGAGCGGUUAUCCGUGAUUCAAAUUGCAACUGAGCUGAAACGCCUACAGGAUCUAGGAGCUCGCGGAAAGUUAGGAACCGACGACCUGAGUGGCACUACAGUCACUCUAUCGAAUAUUGGCAGCCGUUUACCCCGAUUCGGCGAUGAUGGCACCGUCACCGUUGGUCAUAUCCUCAACGUCAGUUGGGCAGCUGAUCAUCGCGUGAUCGAUGGCGCUACGGUAGCGCGGUUUUCAAAUCUGUGGCAAUCCUACCUAGAACGCCCAACUAAGUUGAUUCUUGAACUGAAGUAACUAGCUGCACGCACUUUUUGCCCGAUACGCUUAAUUUAUCAUCCCUUCCCGGUUAACAUAUUCUUAUUUUCGUGAUUUCCCGGUACACAUUGUGACUUUUUUGAUGAUUUUCAUUUCCAAAUACAAUGGUGAAUGCAUA